UAGACGUCACAUCCGGAUUUCCACGCUAGCUGUAGCGCUUGCAAAAGUUAAAUGUGACAGCCGCGGACAAGUACGUGUGAAGAGAAGUUAUUUAGAUGCGUUCACGGUCGCUGUUGGCUUAAAAUGCUUUCUUUGUCAACGGCCGUUCAACCACAGGUGACUGUUCCCCUGAGUCACCUCCUCAAUGUUCUCCACGCUUUGAAGAGCUCAGUUGGAAGCAGCAGCACCUUAAGCAAAUCAAGACUACCCAAUGAGCAUGCCUGUCAGGCAGAACUACAUUAUCCUGAGCCCCUGUGGAACCUGCGGGACCUUGGCCUGUCUGACCUCGGAACGCAGCAGCUGAACGAGUUGGCGAUUAGGGUGUUACCAUGUUUGAAUUCACAGGAAGCACCAGCCCCGAUAGUGGGCAGUCGGACAAUCUGGCGAACGUCUCACCUUUCCACGCACUCUUUUUUCCUAAACAAGCAUGGGUUUUCUUCUCAGCGGAUGUCAGCUCCACUUUAUUCCAGGCAAAGGCCGUCUCCUCUUCAGUCAGUCUGCAAAGAGCUGCAACACUGUUCAGUGUGGAUCCAGCACAGAGGCUUUAAAACAUUAAGGAGCAAAACCAAAAGACUGCAGUCAGCUAUUGAACGCCCUGUGGAACCUGAGGGAUUCCCUCCAUCUUUCAUGAAGGGCUUCCUGACACGAGACAAGGGGAUCGAUAUGGAAAGUCUUGAAAGUCUAACGAAGAGUGGGAACGUACCCGAUGGACAGCAGGAUGCCUUUAAGAGGGGCUUUGCUGAGGGUUUCCUGAAGGCCCAAACACUGACGCAACGCACACAAGGUAAGUAAAAACGGAUGAAUUACAUUUCCCUUAGUGCACAC